AUGACUGUUGUUCCACCUCCAGCAUCAUCCGAUGGUGAUGCUUCACAACAGCCACAAUCCCCUUCGAAUACAACAUUCGAAUGGAAAACACUUAUCGAAACAUUGAGCGAUAAUACGAACAGUACAAAAUAUAAUGAACUUAUUCAAUCAAUUUUACGAUGGGAAGAUUUGUUGAGUCGACCAGAUCCAAUCAAUGAACAGUUUUUAAAUCCAUUUGUUAUUGUAGCAACGCAUUAUCUUAUUGGAGGAUUAGCACGAGUUGAACGUUUUUAUUUUACCGAUGUGAUAAAUGUAGGAAAGUUAUUGUUAAAAUAUCUUUUACAGAAUGCUUUACCAAAAACAAAUGAAACAAAUAGAUUAUCGAUAUUAAAUACGAUUAAAUCAUUAUGUUAUUCUCAAACAUAUCUUUCUGCGACUGAACUUAAAGAUUAUUUAGAACUAAUUAAGAAAUUUGAUGGACCUCAAAUAAAUAAAGAUGAUCGUCGAUUACGUUCAUCAAGCAAGACACUGAUCACUCGACGUGAAACUGGUCUUGUUGAUUCGUUAUGCAAUUCUGUUUUAUUUGACUUAUCAACGUCAGAUGAUUCAUCGAGUGGAAAUAAGCGUGAACGACCACAAUCAACUGGAUCAUCAUCAAAAUUAACAUUUCCCAAACAUAUGAGUCAACUUUUAUUGAAUGAAUUCAAACAGUUACGUGGUGAACAGUACUUCGGUGAGAUAUUGUUUCACAUACCAUUGCUGGCUGGUUCGAAAGUUAACGUGAAUAAUAUUCUUCAUAAUCAUAUAAUUAUAUCUGCUGAUGAUAAACAAUUUCAAGAAAGCAUAACAUCAAUUAAAAAUGAUCUUGAUUUUUUACGUCGUACAAUUCAAUUGCCAAUAGUUGAACCAUUUGAUGAGAAUCGCUUAAAUAAAUUCGUUACUAUGGCAUUCAAUUCACUUUUAAUAGCAUUGAAAUAUGUUCGUUUAGCGACCAAUAAUAACGAAAUAAUAACUAACGAUCAAAUUCUACACGAUGUAGCUCGUAUAUGUAUUAAAAUUGGUGAUUUACUACGGAAUUCACCUCGACUUGAGAAUUCACGCAAUGUUUUUCUUAAUUAUCAUCUUCUAUUGGCGAUUACAUUAACAAAAGGAAUUAAAGAAAUUCUUCAGAAUAAUAAUCUUCAAAAUGAAACGCAACAACAAUCAAAGUUAUCAACAAACAAUCUACUAGUUCAUUUGAUUGCUAUUCUAAUGUUUUCAACUCGAGAAUUAAUCAAUGACAUAUCAUAUUCUAACUUGGAUAUUGACACUAUUGAUUCUAUCAACGAAAAAUUCUCUUUUACGAGUGUAACAACUCUACUUCAAUCAUCACAUCGUUACGUCUAUUUAAAAGAACAUCAAACUUUAAAAUUAUUUUUAACCAUUUCACAUCGUCUUAUAUCAUCGUCAACAAUAAAAAUUUCCACAACAAUUCCUGAUGCACCACCAUUACCAUCAGAUAUUCCAUCAGCAGAGAAUACUAGCGAAGAUACAUUUGGUAUAAAGAAUUUAUUCGACGAAACAAGCUCAUUAAAUCUAGCGGCUCCUGCAACAACGCAACAAACAAAUUAUCGUCCAUUACCAUCAUCAAGUACUCGUAAAAGGACAAUAUUAAAUCGUUGUUUAGAAAUUGAUCUAUGCUCAGAGGAAACGUUCGAUCAAGAUGAUCAUUAUGAUCUAUUAAAUUAUCUUGAUAAAUAUUAUUUCAAUCAUAGUAUACCAAUAUUAAUGAAUGAUCUCAAAUUAACAUUAAAUACCGAUGAACAAAUAGAAAAUCUAUCUCAUUUAAUUAAAAAUUCCAUUGUAAUACCACGAUUUAUUCAUAAUGUUCUUCAACAUGACACAUUAACACAUGCAAAUGAAAAUAUUUUGCUUGACAAACUUGGAAUUCCAUUAGAACAAUCGUGGCCCUUGAAAAUUUCAAUAAACAACUUAAUAAUUCUUCUUAAAGUUAUUUUAAAACGAAAAAAUCACGAAUUAAUAUGUUCAUUAUGGGAUAAAUUUCUUCAAAGUAUUGCAAAUUCAUCGGAUGAAUUGACUCUUGAACAUUUACAAAUUUUUAUCGUAUUCUUUCAUCAAAUAACCAUCCCGCAACGUAAAAAUAUUCUUCAACAACUUGUUCAAACUAUUCAAGCAACAAAACAGAAUAUCUAUUUGUUAAUUCUAUUCGAAUAUAUGAUGUAUAAUUUUUAUGAAAUUCCAGAAGAAAUCAUUGAAAAUAUUCAACAGAUAAUUUCUAAGCAUGAUAUUACACCUACGACAAGUUUUAAUCAUGUUAUUACAAAAAACAAUUCGAAUUAUCUGGAUGGAUUUGCAUUAAAGAAUCUUUACAGCAAUGCAAUUUACAAUCAAUUUUAUAGUUAUCUUAUAGAACAAUUAGAUUUUACAAAAAUAAAUAAAGAAGGAAUAAACAAUACAUCGUUGAAAAAAUAUUAUGAUCUCUUAUGGCGAAUACUUGGCUAUUUACCACCAUCGACUGAAUUCCUCGAAAAUAUGACUACUUAUAGCGAAACAACUGCUCUAUUACAUUUGUUUCGUUUUGAAAAGAAAAUCAUUCAAGAUAAAUAUAUCAAAGAUUUUCUCGGAAAAGAAAUUUCAUUUAAUAAUAUUCAAUGGUUUAAAAAUCUAAACAAUACGUCACAUUCAAUAUUUGAUUUAAUUGUUUAUCAAAUAUUAUUACAAACGCUGACUGCAAAUUCCGAUGAGAUCAAUCGAUUGUAUAAUGUUUUUCUCAACGAAUUUAAAUCAGCAUUAAAUACAAAGCAAUAUUCAGAUUCAUUAUCUUUAAUUCCAAUAAUGAAAAUUAUUGAUGAUAAAAUGAAAACAGUAGCCAUUCCAACGCUACCAAAUGAUUUCGAAGAAUUAUUUAAACAUCAAUUAAAUUAUACACUUGAACAAAAUGAUUUAUCUCACAUAUUUCUUCGACAAAUUCUUCAAAUAUUAUCAACGAUUAAUUCUGAAAUUAACGAUAAACAAAUCUAUAUUGAAAUACAACUGAAUCCAAAUUUACAAUUUCUUAAAGAUCAAAUUAAAUUAAAAGAUAUUAAUAAUGAAACAAUACAAAACGAUAUCAAUGAAUGUAUCUAUAAGAAUAUAUUCGAAAUAUUAUUCAAUAAAGAUUUUCCAAAUGAUAUUAUAACAGAAGAUAUUUAUCAUGAUUUAAUUAAAUAUCUCGAUGAACAAUUUCAUAUAAAUAUAUUUCAAAAUUGUCUAUCACCCUAUGAUCUAUUUGAUUUACUUUAUUUAACAGCAAAGUCAACAUCAUCAUUAUCAACAUCUGCAAGAAUGUUAAUGUUGUUUAAUAAAAUAUUUUCUUAUUCAAAUCAAUUUCAAUCGUCAAUGGAAAAACUAAAUCGUAUUGCCGAUUUAACUAAUGAACAAUUAUCGGCAUGGUUAUCGAAACUUGUUUUAGUACAAAAUAAUGAAAAAAAUCCAUUAUAUACACCAGAACAAUAUAAACAUAUUUUAGAAACAUUUACAAAAUAUUUAAUUAAGAAAAAUGACGAUGGUACUAAUAUGACUGGCGAAGAAGUUUCGUUAUCGAUUCUAUCGGUUUUGAUACAGUUAGGAAAUGAAUUGUUAAAAUCAAAUAAAUCUGCAUUAGGAUUCUCACAAAUUAUACAAUUAUUAGUUAUAUUAGCUGGGCACGGUUCGGGUAAUGGGCAUACCUAUUUAUUUCAAGCUACAGCAAUUUGGUUAGAAUUUUGUGCUGAUGCACUUACGGAUACAAAUGAAAAUUCCACAUCAGCUCUUGUUUCUUCAUUGUCGACAACUUCAUCUGUCGAACCUUUGAAUCUCUUGCAUUUCAAUAUUCUUGAAGCCAGUGUUCAUUUACUGACGUAUAUCAAUGAUAUUCUGAUUGCUCUAAAGCAAAUAUCAACAAACGAAUCAGCAUCAUUGAAAUCUCCAGUGAAAGGCGAUGAAAUCGACGAUGAAGAUGAUGAUUCACAAGACGAUGAAGAUCUCAUAAAUGAUCAAAAGAAAAAUUUUCUUUCUUCAACAAAUCAAACAGAAUAUGAUCCUAAUAAAUUAUGUACUUAUACAACAACGAAAAGAGAAUAUGCUAAUCAACAUUGGUAUCAUUGUCAUACCUGUAAAAUGAUUGAUCGUGUUGGUAUUUGCCAAAUAUGUGCAAAUGUAUGCCAUAAAGAUCAUGAUAUAUCUUACGCAAAAUAUGGUUCAUUUUUUUGUGAUUGCGGUGCUAAAGAAGAUGGUUCAUGUCAAGCAUUAGUUAAGCGUUCAAUGAUAGCAACAACAACAAUAACAACUCAGCCGAUUAGUUCAAACACAUUAUUACGAAAGAAAAAAUGUAAAAAAUCAAUUUCAUUAUCAAGUAGAAAAACAAAGUUAACAAAUCGCCAACGUCGUUUAAUUCGUCAAAUCAAUACAAAACAACAAGAAUUUCAUUCAUGUAUACAAAAUAAGCAUAUACCAUCGAAUACACUUCGUCUAUUUAAAUUACUUCAACCGUAUAUUAACAAUGAAUAUCAACGAAUUUAUAGUAUUGAAAAUAAAUUUGAUUUAAUAUCAGAAUAUUUAAAAUCAAAUGAAUCCACAUCAAUUGAAAAUGAAGAUAAUAAUAAACAACAACAAUUAUAUACUAGUAUAUUACAUUCACAAGACAAUGCAUUUGAAAAUGUUAAAUUAUCAUUUACAAAUGAACAUGGCCAACAAAUAAAACAAUUACUUGGUACGAAUUCUAUUCGUCGUCAAGGCAUGUGCAUAAUGUCAUCUUUGAAUUCUGAACAAUCAAAACAACAUUUAAUUGUUAGUCAAGAAAAAGGCAAACAAGCAAUGAUAACUGUUUUACAAUUGAGUCCACUACUUAAACAGACAUCAUCGAUGAUUAAUACUGUAUCAAAUGAUAAUUCAACGAAAAAAAAAUUAACAUUAAAUAAAUUAAAUACAUUUAAUGUACCAUUUACGAUUUUAUCUAUGCAACCAAAUCAAUUAAAUAGCGAUUAUCUAUGCAUAACUGGUUUAAAAGAUUGUCAAAUUUUAAAUAUUGAUAAUAAUGGAAGAUUAAAAGAACCGACGAUUACUCUUCAACCAAGUUUAGAUUCAACAGGAAAUUAUAUUAUACGAGCACAAUGGUUAUCGGAUAAAAAUCAAGCGCAAAUUGCAUUGCUAACAGCUGAUUUUAUUAAAAUUUAUGAUUUAAGUGUUGAUACCAUAAGUCCUAUUUAUUAUUUUAUUCUUCCUACAGGCAAAGUACGUGAUUGUACAUUUUAUCAUACAAAACGUAAUAACAUCGAAUGUUGUUAUAUAUUUAUCAUGGCUUCGAAUGGUUAUAUAUACUAUGAACAGUUAUCUGAAUCAUCAUCAGCUCGUAAUGGUUCAUUCUAUGUAACAAACACACUCGAUAUCAAACAUGAAUCAAUCAGUGAAACGAACAAUAACGGGAUUUUACUUGGUGGUGGUGUAUCGGUUUACUUUUCUUCGACAAUAAAACUUUUAUUUUGGUCAUAUGUUCAUGGAAAAAAUUUCUAUGGUAUUAUCGACGAAGUAAACGUAGAAAAACUAUUAAUGAUACGUUCAAUUGAUGUUAAAAUGACUCCGACAGCAUCGACAAAUGGUAAUAGUAAAUCAACAUCAACCUAUCAUACAUUAUGUGCAUGGUCAGAAAUUGCUCAUCAUCCUGGCUUAAUUUAUACAAUGACACAAAUGACAAAUAAUCCUGUUGUUUUAAUGAUAACACCAUCGACUGUACGUUCGAGUGAAAUAAAAAUGCCCAUAAAAACAACGAAAAUUCAAGAUAUAUCUGCAAUUCGAUAUGAUCAACGUACAACAUUUAUUCUACUAGCUGAUGAUGGAAGUUUAAAAUUUCUAUUAGCUGAAUUUGAUAAAACAAAUUAUUGGUUAAAUAAACUUUAUCAAAAAAAGAAAUAUUUUCCUAUGAUAGAUUUAGAUUACAAUGAAGAAAGUUUCGAUUAUGAGAAUAUAAAUUAUCAAUAUUCAUUAUCCGGUAAUGAAACCGAUGAUCAACAAGAACCAACACUCAAACGUCGAAAACAAACAACGACAAUAACUACAGCAGCAGCAGCAGCAGCAACUAAUUCAACAAAUGAGCCAUCGAACGGUUUAGUUAAAUUUUCUGUAGACUUUUUUGAAUCAUGUCAUUUAUUAACUGAUUAUGAAUUUGGUGGACGAGAUUUACUUGAUGUUUAUAAUGUAGCUCAACUUAAAUUACGUUUAUCAACGCCAGGAAUGUUUGUUGCCAAUGUUCGAACAGGUGGUUUUACACUUGAAGUUAUUAACAAAGACUCGGACAAUAUGGUUGUGACUGGUGUUCGAAUACAUAUUGGAUUAUAUUCAAUGGACAAGUCUCCACAAUAUUUUGAAUUAUUUGGACGUACAGUACAAGUGAACAAUUUACAAGGGCCACGUUGGUAUGAUUUAUGUUUAACACGCGAAGAAUCAAUCCAAGCUGAGAAGAAAUUUAAUAUUUUCAUUGCACAAUCCGUUGAUACGAAUCAUAUAACAGUUAUUGAUGAUGCUAAAGUUUAUGGUAAAACAAAAGAAGAAUUUCAAUGGCCAGAAAAUGCCGAUGGGUCAUUAUUAACUGCAGCAACAAAUGGUGGACUAACAACAACAGCAACGACGGCAACAUCAGCAAUCAAUGGAUAUUUACAUUCAUUUAGAGAAACAAAUGAUGAAAAAGAAGUAUCUGCAUUGCCUUUACCCGAUAGGUUACUUGUUUAUAGUAUGCAAGUUUUAACUGGUUCAUUAUGUUUACAUCAUAAUCUUGAUGAACAAAAUCGUUCGAAAUUGAAUUCUGAUAUUGUUCAAUAUACUUCUCAUAUGUUUCAUAUGUCAUUACCACCACAAAUUCAACGUUAUUCACGAAGAUUAUUAAAAGAAUUUUUCUCGUCAAUUUCCUCGUCUGAUUUUGAUUAUUACGAACAUGUUGAUCGUUUACAAUUGACAUUUCUAUCUGAAUGUUUGUCAUCAACAAAUUAUUUAGAAUUAUUCAAUGAUAUUCAAUCAUAUGAAUAUUUACUUUUAUCAUUAUUAGCCAUAACACGUCGUCGGCCACAUAAUAUAAAUCGAUUUUUAAAUGUAAUUCAAAAUGAAACAAAAGAUGCUAUAUCAAAAACAGCAUCCAUGGAAAUAUUUAUUCCAUAUUUAAUCAAUAUAUUCUUUAAUCUAUUGAAUCAACGUCCAUCAAAUUCAUUAGUUGAAUCCAUCGAUAAUAAAACAAUUAAUAUAAAACAAAUUGAAAAGCUUCUUCAUAUUCUUGUUGAUAUCUAUCAUUCAUUAGCAUUAAAUGAACCUAAUCUAUGUAUGAAUUUAAUUGUUGAUUCAUACAUUCGUCUAUUAACUUAUCAGGAUUAUCAUAUAAAUUUUAUAAUAAAAAAUGCAUUAAAUCGUUGUAUGCAACCAAAUAUUCAACGUUUAAUAUCGAAAUUAUCUAUGGCAAGUGAUUUAAAUCAACAAGAUACAUCCGAAAAGCAAUUUCAUGCAUUACCAUUAUCAGCACAAAUUUAUCCAACGAAUGAACAACAUCAUCUACGUUGGGUAGAUCCAUCAGCAGCAGCAGCAACAACAACGACAACAGCAACAGCAACAACAACAACAACAAUAACAACAACGAAUGCAGCAACAAUAACAGUCACCGACACAAACACCACGAGUACAAAUCCAGUUGCAACAGAUGAAACAGCUAUGUUACAAUAUGCACUUGCAUUAAGUAUGUCAGAAAAUCCUGAUCAAGCUUCAUCAUCAACAUCGAAUAUUCAACAAACAAUUGAAUAUGUUGAUAAUGAUGAUGAAAAUCCAACAAUACAAAAUGAUGUUGAAAUCAAUCAAAUGAUGGAAUUAAUGAUCAAUACAGAUAAUGUUAAUCAACAAUCAACAAAUCCACAGAAUGAUCAUAGUGAUAAUAAUAGUUUAUAUGAAGGUGAUGAUGGUCACGUAUCAGAAUCAAGUUCAACAACAAAUGAAGGUACAGAACAGAAUAACAACGAGAAUAAUACAUCAACGCCAAUACCAGCACCACCAUUAUCAUCAUCAUCGAAUGAUUCAAAUACGACAAUUAAAUUAAAUACAAAUGAAUCAGUUGAUUCAGGCAUUUAUGAGCAACGACUGUAUGAUUUAAAACAUUUGAUUGUUGAAAAAUUAUUAGAUAAUCUUGAUGAAUAUUUAUUAAAUAAUUCAACAUUAAAUGGUUUAAAUUCAAUUGCUUAUUUACAAUUAUUAUUAACAUUGACUAUUGAAUUUGCAUCGAAAUCCGAUGAACAAAAUCAACAAUUUGUUCAUUAUAUAUUAAAAAGUUUAUUAAGACAAAUGACAUUUUUAAAAGAUGCUAAUCAAACUAUGACCAAUGAUUUAAUUAAACGUACAUCACAACAUGAAAUACAAUUAAUGUUAUUACGAUUAUUUACUGUUUAUAUUUCAUUUAUGCUCAAAGUACGUGAUAAUGAACGUGAUCAAUAUAUGUAUUUAUCAUUAACAGCAGCUAGACAACUAGAAGAAUCAAAUGCUGUUGAUUAUUGUUUAUAUGCAUUACAAACUGUUUAUAAAUAUUUAGUUAAACAACCUAUCGAUGAAAAUCUCGUAAACGAACAGACAACUCAAUCGCCCAGUGGUGGUGCAACAACAUCAACAAACAAUGCACAAGCAUCGUCAAUAUCAUUGAUGACACUUUUAAAACCAGCUAGUCAACAGUCAUUACCGGAUCUAUCACCAUUCUUCUAUAAACAAUAUACGAAGCAUCAUGCUAAUGACGUUUUUGAAGCCUACCCAGAAUUGUUAGCAGAAAUUGCAACACGAUUACCAUAUCAAAUGAAGAAAGUGAUUGACGAUGCAUCUGAUCUACGUCCAUUUAUACUUUCGUCGGAUUGGCAAAAAUGUCUAUGCGAAUAUUAUGUUCUACCACAAGGUUCAUUUCUUAAACGUCAAAUUCGUAAAUUACUCAUGUAUAUUUGUGGUUCACGUGAUAAAUAUCGUAAAUUACGAGAUUUUCAUGUCUUAUCAACAAAUAUAGCUGAAAUAAAAGCAAUUUAUGACGAAAAUUUUUCACUAAUUACUAACGAUCAACGUAAAACAAUCUCGACACAAAUUCCCUAUGCAACAUUAAUGCGUCUCAUUGAUCAUUUAAAAUCUUGUCAAGAUAUAAGUAUUCAACGUUGUUCAAAUUGGCAAAAAUUUUGUAAAAAUGAUUCAUCCGUAUUGAACUUUCUCGUUCAAUUAAUCAUGCUUGUCGAUGAUUCAUUAGUACCAUUUAUUCUUCAUUUAUUAAUUAAUUCAAUAUCAUCACCUUCGUCGUCAUCAUCUUCAACAGCUGCAGCAGCAGUAACAAAUACAUCAUCAUCAAAUCGAACAUUAAAAUCAAGUAAAUCUGUUCGUGCAAAUGAUUUUGAUACAGCCGAUGAUAUAUCAAUUUGUUCAAUAGCGUUACAAUUUUCUAAAAUUAUCUCAAAUAGAUUAUUAGAAGAUUUCAUUCGUUUAUUUUUAUUAGAAAAUAAUCAACAAUCAAUUCGUUGGUUAACACAUACAUUCUUAUAUAAUCUAUAUAUGAGUUCAAAUAAACAAUUACAAGAUUAUAUAUUCGAUUUAUUGAUUAAUAUGUGGCCAAUAAUACCAAAUUUUGGUUCGAAAUCAUUUCAAUACAUUGAUUUACUGGGCUAUAUUAUUAUUAAAAAUAAAGAUGAUAAACGUACGACUGAGUUUUUACCACAAUUAGAAUCAAUGCUAAAAAAAGAAAAUCAAUUUUUAUUGAACCAUCCAAAUACAUCGAUCUAUCGUCGUCUAUCAACAAUAAUUGAUAUCGAACAAAAUAAUGGUUAUUAUUUCGAAACUGAACCAUGUUUAGUUUGUAAUAAUCCUGACAUAUCUUAUCAACAAGUUAAAUUACAAACGAUUAAACUUGAUCAACGUUAUACAACACAAUCACAUAUUAUUAAAUUAAUUCAAGCAUAUUCAAUACAAAAAUUACAUAUUAAAAUGUCAGAAAUAAAGCGUAAUAAAGCUGUUCGAACAAUAAGAUUCUAUUAUAAUAAUCGGCAAGUACAAUCAAUAGUCGAUUUAAAAAACAGUGUCAAUUGUAAAUGGUUAUUAGCUAAAACAAUUAAAUUAACAAAUAUACAGCAAACAGAAGUUAAAAUUGAUUUUGUUAUACCGAUUAUUGCUUGCAAUUUAAUGAUUGAAUAUGUUGAUUUCUUUGAAACACCAGCAGCGAAUUUACCGACAGUUACAGACACGACAACAUUACAAUGUCCAAGAUGUAAUUCAGCUGUGGCAGCAACACCAGGCAUUUGUCCCAAUUGUGGUGAAAAUGUUUUUCAGUGUCAUAAAUGCCGAUCGAUAAAUUACGAUGAACGUGAUCCAUUUCUAUGUAAUUCUUGUGGUUAUUGCAAAUACUGUAAAUUUGAUUUCAUAUUUACUGCAAAACAAGUUAAUUAUAUUGAACCUAUUGAAUCCGAUGAAGAUCGUGCUAAAACGAUCACAAAUAUAAGUCAAUUAUUAGAAAAAACCGAUAAAAUCUAUCGUCAAUUAAUUAAUCAGAAACCAAUUCUUGAAUAUUUAUUAACAAAACUCAAUUCUGACGAUCAAAGUUCAACGCUAAUUCCUUCAUUAUCAUCAACAACAACAACAACAACCACAACCAAUACUGUACCAACUGGUGACACAGCUGAUCCUCAACAACAACAACAACCACCAGCUGUUCCUACACCUACCGUUGCUCUAACAUCUGCCAAUAAUCCCAAUGGUAUCAAUCGCAUUGUUCAACAAAUUGCACCUAAAUACAAUACUGAAUGUCGUCAAACCUAUGAUGAACUUGGUAAACAUAUUCAAAAAAUAAUCUGUGCACGUAAAGAACUUUAUACAUAUGAUCAACGUCAUUCAAGUUCAUCAUCGACAAUAAUUCUUUCAACUCCAUCACGUUCUCAUCAUUGUUAUGGUUGUACAUUAUCAACCAUAUCUCAUUGUAUUCUUCUUCUUCGUGCAUUUGCUGCUUCAUCAAAUCGUUUAAAACAAUCGAUAACAAAUAAUAUUUCAUUAAUUGACGAAUUACUAUUAAAUAAUAUUCGUUUUACAAAUCAACAGAUUCGUCAUGAUGUACGUUUAUUAUUUUGCUAUUUAACACGUGAUAAUUCUCAAUUAACCGAUUAUAUAACAGCAAAAAUUUUCAAUAAAAUCGAAACAAUAUUUCAACAAAAAUUAGUUUUAUCAUCAUCGUUAAUUAACUAUGAUCUAUUAGUUCUUUUUUCACUUAUACAACGUUCAAAUCAAGAUGAUAAUGAUCUAUGCUGGGAAAAUAAAUUACGUUGUAUAUUUAAAUUAUUUCUCUAUUCAUUGAAAAUUUCUACACCACAAAUUCUUGAAUUAAUAACAUUACCUUGUUUAAGAAUGCUCUUACAUCUAUCGAAACCAUUAACAACAAAUACAAAAUUAACCACCAUUGAUAUUGAAAAAUUCCUAACAAAACAAAUAACUUACAAUGAUUGGAGUAAUAAUUCACAGGAUAAACAGUAUCAACCAACAAAAACAAUUAAUUCAUGGUUAGAACAAUUAAUAUUUUGUCCACAAUCAGCAACCAUAAGAUAUUUAACAUGUAAAUUAAUACAAACACUUUGUACAAAUGAUAAACAAAAAUUAUAUAUUGUACAAAUAUUAAUAAAUUAUUUACAUCUUAUAUGUGAUGAAAAUCUAUCGAAAUAUUCUUCUGAAUAUGUACAAUUAAUUAAAGAUUUGCUAUUAAAUGAUAAUCAAUUAAAAUUAUUACUUUGUAAUGAUGAACAAUUUAAUAUAAUUAAGCAUAUUGCAUUAUUAAUUGAAAAUCAAAUAAUUCUUAUUAAUAAACAAGAUGAAAGAAAUUUAUCGAAUUCAAAUUUAACAUUUGGUUAUUCAAUAAAAUGUUUAACUGAAUUAUUACAUUUAUUUCUUCAACAAGAUGAAUUAAAACAAAAAUAUAAAUCAAUAUUAAUUGCAAUUGUUCUAAAUGGAUAUUUGUCAUUGAAAAAAUUAAUUGUACAACGAACAAAGCUGAUCGAUGAGGCACAAAAUAAAAUGUUAGAGCUCUUAGAACAAAUGACACGAGGAAAUGAGCAAGAAACAAGGCAAUUUAUGAUUAUUUGUAUUGAUACAAUUGAAAAAUUUCAAUUAUCUGACAUGCAAACACCAUUAUUUAUAUUUGAGCGGCUAUGUAAUUUAAUCUAUCCCGAAGAAACUAUGCAAGAAAAUAAAGAAUUUUUUAUUGUCGUGGAAAAAGAUCCCAACCAAGAAGAUUUCUUACAAGGUCGAAUGAUGGGUAAUCCAUACAGUUCAGCAGAUCCAGCUAUGGGUUCAUUAAUGCGUGAUAUAAAAAAUAAAAUUUGUACUGAUUGCGAAUUAAUUGCAUUGCUCGAAGAUGACAAUGGCAUGGAAUUACUGGUUGCAAAUAAAAUUAUUAAUCUUGGUUUAGCUGUUCGUGAUGUUUAUAAAAAAGUCUGGCUACCUUUUAUAAAUACUCAUCAAGGAAGUUCACCAAAUGCAGAUCCAACAGCCGGUGGUGGUGGUGGUGGUGGGCCACAACCAGUUGUUAAUCCUUCACAGAAUGAUCAUGAACCUAUGCAUAUUGUUUAUCGUAUGCGUGGUUUACUAGGUGAUGCAACGGAAGAUAUCAUUGAAACAUUUGAUACGAAGAAAAAUGCUAAUGAAAAUGGUGAAGAUGAUCCCGAAAAUAUCUAUAGUUUAGCAAAUGUUCUUAGUGAACACUCAGGUUUAGAAACAAUGCUCAAACGUUUAGAUUCAAUUUAUGAUAUGUCAUCAGGAAAGGCUCUAUUGCAUAUUUUAUUGAAACUAUUCGAGUAUGCUAUUAAACUUAAACUAAAUCGACAACGUUUAAUUGAUCCAAAAUUACGUGCUAUAUCAUCGAUGUUAAAUAAACUUAAUUUAUUAUUAAAAACUGAAAUUGAAGAACAAGGGCGUGAUCAAACACUUCUAUCAUUAACUGAAAAACUUCUUUUUAUUAUGGAUCAAUUAUUUCAUGAAGCAAGUACAACAUUAUCACAAGAUAAAUAUAAUGAAUUUUCAGUUUCAUGUGAAGGUGAUAUCGAACAAUUACGAUCAUUACUUAAUUAUAUCAAAUUACCAUUUGUUAAAAGUCAUCCAAGUUUAAUGCAAGCUCUUAUUCAUCUUUUACCUUAUUUAUCAUUUGGAAAUAAAGAAAAAAUGCAAACAUUACUUGAUUAUUUUAAAUUAUAUCUUGAAUUCGAUCGAUUUGAUCUUGAACAUUCAUCAUCAUCAACAACAACAACAACGGCAACAGCAUCAAAUGAUAAUGAUAGUCAAUUACAUUUAGAUUGUUUCUGUGAAGUUUGUAAACAUUUAGAUAAAAAAUCUGUCUAUGGUAAAGAAUUUCGCGAUCUUGUUAAUGAAUCCAAUGGUAUUAUUGAUCAAUGUAUAAAGUAUAUUGAAAUCAAUUCACCACAAGUCAAAACCUAUUUAGGUAUGCAAGAUCAUGAUAGUUGGAAAGAAUUUUUAAAUAAACCAAGUUUAUCGUAUGUCUUACGUUUAUUGACGGGUUUAUCCUAUGGACAUGAACAUAUUCAAAUGAAAAUCGGCCAAAGUUUAAUACCAGUUUUACAUAAAAUAGAACAAUUGACAACAGCUGGUAAAGUUGGUGUUCUAGCUGAAGAUCUUCUACAUUCAUUGACUGAAAAUGAACAAGUUGCGAAAAAAAUCGACGAUGUUCGCAAUCAAACACGUGCAGAAAAGAAACGUUUAGCACAAGAGGCACGUGAUAGAAAAAUGCGCGAACUAAAUUUAACAAAAAUAUCACGAAAUAAAAGUGUUUCAGAAUCAUCCGCAGCAGGCGCAUCAAAAAUACCCGUAGCCAAUGUUGAUUUAGCCGAUGAAACGGGUCAUGUUUGUUGCAUUUGUCGAGAAGGUUAUAAAUAUUUUCCCAAUAAAGUUUUAGCUGUUUACACAUUUACGAAGAAAGUUGAUAUCGAAUCGUGUGAAGCUAAAACAAGAAAAACACCUGGUUAUGCAACUGUAACACAUUUUAAUAUCAUACAUAUUGAAUGUCAUACAUCAGCUAUUAAACAAGCGCGAUCAAGAGAUGAAUGGGAAUCAGCUUUAUUACAAAAUGCAAAUACACGUUGCAAUGGUUUAUUACCACUUUGGGGUCCUGAUGUUGCUGAAGCUCAAUUUACAACAGCACUUGCAAGAUAUGAUGCAAAUAUCACUGACGCAACAGGCAUUCGUGAAACUUCACCAACACUGUCAAUUCAUGACAUCAAACUUUUAUUACUACGUUUUGCUGAUCUACAAUCAUUUAGUGAAGAUACAGGUGGUGGUGGACGAGAAUCAAAUAUACGUUUGAUUCCAUAUGAAAUGCAUACCAUUCUUUAUGUUCUUACAACAACUCGACAAAUUGAACGUGAAGAGAAAUUAUUGCAAAAUUUCCUUGCUCGUCCUGAUUUAUUGAUCAAUGAAGCAUUUGAAGUUGAUGGCCCAUUUUUUCUCACAAUAUUAUCAUUGAUUAUAAUGAAACCAAAUGAUUGGGAAAAAAAUCGUCUUAUUUUUCUACAAAAACUUCUUGUUACGACACAUAUUCGAUCAGUCAAUUCACCUAAUGAUCGAACAAAAAUCGCUUCAAAACCAUUGAAACCAUUUGCAACCUAUAAAACAGCUCUUGUCUUUUUUGGUCUUGUCAAUGCAUUUUUUAUUCAUAUGUUAAAUUCUUGUUUUGAUGCAACAUUAACCACACCCUACAAUCAACAAUUGGCACAAUUUCUUCGUGGCAACGAUGCUCUCAUCAUGGACGCAUGUACAAGAAUCUUGAAACAUUUUGAACAAGAUCUACUUCAAAGUCAAACAUUUGAUACACUAUUUAAUGCAUUAGAACUGAGUCAAUUAUCAGAACAAUGGAUACAAGAUGCUAUUAAUGCAUUGCCAUAG